CCCGUGACUGCUUGCCAACUUAGAGUGUGUGUUCACUGCAGACGGACCUUUGCAGAGGUCAGUGGGUGUGUCUGCUCUGGAGCUAUGAGGCCUAGCAUGGGCGGCUACAUCCGUUCCACAUGUCAACUGGGAGCUCCAGACACCAUCCUAGAAGGUCAGUGUCUCCCUCAAGAGCCCCCUCAUCCAGUAAGACCUGGGAGACUCUCCACUGCCACUGACACGGGAGAACGAGCGUACACACUGCCUCUCUCCAGCUACGGACCUCAUGGACACUCUGUUCUCUAGAAUUGGGAGGGUGUUCACUCCUGAAGCUGUGGGGCUGCUCAAAAGGAAUUGAGGUGGAGGGCAGUAAAGCCACAGUGCACACGCUCUGCCACAAUCUGAACCAAUCAUGAAGCCAGUGACAGGCUGUGGUGGAGGAGGAUUUUGUGGAGAAUAGCGUGGGUGCCCACUGCUUCAGGUAAAGAGUAGUGGCUUCA